CAGCUAUGUUAAUUAUGCAAAGACUUUAAAAAACAAGAUAUUUCUUAAUAUUUGGCCUUUUUAAUAAUAAAUGUUUAAUGUAUUUCUUUGAUGCUAUUUUGUAUAAUUUUAAAUAUUAGUCAUCUUAAGGCCCCCUAGCAAAUCCGCUGGCCCCCUUGUUGAGAACCACUGAUUUACAAAGAAGAGAUCAGUUAUAUAUUUAAUAUUUAAUCAGCAAAAUAUUAAACCACAAUAUCGCCAAUGGUGGCCACUCGAUGGUUGUUUCACUUUUACACAGUAUAUACAAGACAAAUUAAUCCCUUUUAUUUACAAGUGUACUGUUGGUAUAAACACUUAUAUAUUUAAAAUAAAAAGACCUUAAAAGCAGUGUUCUGGAUCUCUGUAUCUCUACCCUAGAGCAUAUGAAUAGAUUUACAUACAAAUGUGAAAACAUAUGUAUGCAGUUCUAAAAAAAACAUUCUAUUACAAUCUGAGUAAAACCUUUGACAAAAACAAUUCUCAUUUCAUAUGAAUUUUUACAUGUGUUUACAAUUUUUAUCAAAUCAUCUAAACUGCAUUACUAGAUAACUAGAUAAAAAAGUUUAAUAUAUAUCGCAAAUUAAUAACAAAAUAAAAUAAUUUAGUCGUACUAUUCUCCACCGUUAGUCAUAUUAUCAUUUAUUAAAAAAUAAAAAUUGUAUUUUGUUCAUACGUGUGUGCGGGGCGCCAGACAAACGAGUGUACUCUCCCACUUUUGUUGUAAGCGAAUCAAUAUUGUUUUUAUAUUUUUGGCCUCAUGUGAUUGGACCGUUCUUAACGCCUCUCAUUACCGCUGAGCAGAUUGUCAUUUGACUGGUACUGAUUAAUGUGGAAGCAAGAGAAAUUAUAUCGAGAUGAAAGAAAAUUCGGUUUUAUCUUUACAAGAAUACCCGUUCCAAAGGCGUUCGGAUGAAGAAAAAAAAACGGGGAAAAAUCAAGGAGCUUGGAUCUUACACUCGGUGCUUUUCCGGCACUUCUUUUGGAAAACGGAGUUGGCUAGCUGGAUGCGAUGUAAAUCAUGCCUUUUAUUGUUUUCCCUGUUUGCCAUUUCAAAAUCCUGGCACCGAAACGUUGUGGACAACAACAGGGGUUUGCAAUUUAAAACAUCUCUCUGAUAAGUGCAAGCGACAUGAAAGUAGCCGCAGCCAUCUUGACAACGCUAUGAGGCUCCAGUUUUUUGGGAAGCUUAGCAUUGCUGAACAGCUAGAUGAAGGCUACAGGAUUGGCAUUAGAAGGCACAAUGAAGAGGUCACAAAAAAUCGACACAUCCUGUCUAGAAUAAUAGACUGUGUAAAAUUUUGUGGCGCAUUUGAGCUGGCUUUGCGUGGCCACAAUGAGAGCGAGAGCUCAGAUAACCCCGGGAUAUUCCGUGGCUUUGUUGCUUCUCUUGAUGGAGUUUUGAAAGAGCACCUCGAGAAUGCCUCUGUGUUUAAGGGAACUUCGAAAACCGUGCAGAACGAGCUGUUGGACUGUAUGUUGUCUGUUAUGAGGGAACACAUAAUCCAAGAAGCACAAAACAGCGAUUUUCUAUCAAUCCAGGCCAACGAGACCACUGAUAUUGCCACACAGUACCAACUUGUGCUACAUUGAUGGCAAAAGCAACGUACAGGAGAGGUUUUUUGCUUUUAUUCAUCUGCUUUCAACUACAGCUGAUUCCAUCGCUACAGCACUAAAAGAGCAUCUUACUGUCAUCCUUCCAGAGGAUCAGAAGUGUAAACUCAUCUCCCUAGCGUAUGAUGGAGCCAGCGUGAUGAGAGGUGCCACUGCAGGUGUUCAAAGGAAGAUUCAAGAUGUGUACCCAAAUGCCCAUUACAUCCACUGCUAUGCGCAUCAGCUCUAUCUAAUAACACUGUAAUGCAAAAGGCCACUUCUCACAUACCCAAAGUUAGAAUUUUUUUCUAACCUUGGAGGAUUUGCCAGCUUUUUUUCAAGAUCACCCAAGCGCACAGAUGUUCUUGAUAAAGUUGCCCAUAGACUACCAACAUCAAGCAGUGUUAGAUGGAACUUCCACAGCCGUGCCAUCAAUACAGUGUUUGAGCACAGAGAGGGCCUCAUUUGCUGUUUUGAAACUAUUCGAGACUCAGGUGACUUUGACCCUGUUACCACCAGAGAGGCAGGAGGCUUUGCCAUGCUGCUGGAGGAUCAGGAUUUUACAUUUUUUCUGCAACUUUUCCACAACGUCAUGCCACACGUGGACAUCCUCUAUGCCAAACUCCAGAAGAAGGACAUAGAUUCAGUCCCCAUUAAGGGGAGCAUCCAGCAGUUCCAGCAGGACAUACAGAAGAUCAGGUAGCAGCUGUAUUCCUCCUUUUGUAUUUGUUAUCAUUAUUAUUGUUAUUAGUCAUACAUUUUCUUAAUCCUUUGCAGAAAUUCUCUCCAUUCUCUGGUUAACCAAAGCAGUGAAGGAGCUUCUCAACCAAAGAGGCGGCGGUCGCUUAGUCCAGAGGUCCAUGAACGGAUUGCAACAGAGUAAGUUUAUUGUAGUCCUUGUUACUCUGCAGUUUUUCAUAGAAAAGCUAUCAAAGGAAGCUAUCAAAAAGAAAGUCUGUGACACCAUACUCCAACACACCAUGGAACGGUUCUGCUUCACAAGCCACCUCGUUAGUGCCACCUUGCUGCAAGCAGACAGGUUUGAACAGUACACAGUGGCGUUUCCUGAAGAUGCACGGAGUAGGACUUUGAAGGCCUAUCCAGUGCUCAAUGGGAGUAAGCUAAAGACAGAGCUUAGUCUCAUCUACUGCAAGGAAGAGUUCAGAACCUGUUGUGGUGCUGUGGACCUACUGCAGCUGUUUAAGGAGAACAAUCUUGAAGAAGUCUUUUCAGAGACUGUCACUCUCCUAAAGAUCCUCAUCACCACACCCAUGACCACAGCAGAGGCUAAGAGGUGUUUCUCAACUUUGAAAAGAGUUAAGACUUUUCUGAGAAAUAGCAUGACCCAGGAGAGGCUAAAUGCAUCGACCAUGCUGUCAAUGGAGAAGAGAAUGGUGACUGAGAUCAUUGACUUUAACCAGAAGGAGAAAUUUGCAAGUCAGAAAGAAAGGAGAGCAAAAUUUAUUUUCAAAUAGUGUUACUGGCCAAUGAUUGGGUAACUAUAGUGUUUUUUUUUUAAUGAUUACCUUGAUUACUUCAUUACUGAUAAUAAACCCACAUUCAAUUCAAAUUCACUGAUUCAUAGUACAUUUAUUUGCAUGUAUUAGCAUUGACUGUAAUAAUGAUACAUCACCUGAUUAAUGGCUAGUUAUAGUCUUGCAUUACUGACAGUUGGAUUUUCAGUUUGUUUGCACCCCCCCAAAUAUUUUUAGCACCAGCCUCCACUGAUUCUGAGUCACUUUCCUAUUUCUGCAGCGCUCAUUUUUUUUAAAUUCAUGUCAAGGCACCAGUGAAUUGAAAAUACAGCAGGCUAGCGCCAUCUACUGGAUUCUGUUUGUGUUGCACCAAAUUAGUCGUUUUGAAUCAAAAUCCUAUAUUUACCGUUUGCCCCCUCUGAACAAGAUGAAUGUUCACAUGUAUCUCUACUGUUUUGGGAACGAGGGAGAUAACAGCACCUCUCUGGAGCAACUUCACCUUGAAUGAGACUUUCUCUGUCCUCUCUCUGGCGCUUGAAAAUGUUGCAAUUGUAACCAUGGAAAAGCAUUGGUUGUGGCAUAUAUGAAGACCGAUCUAUGGCAUUCUGAUUUCAGAUGAUGAGAUCAUAUUCGACCUAAACCUAGCGACAAUCCUGCAUACCAAUAAUUAAUAAAGGUAUACAAAAAAAAACGUUGUCUGAACUCCAAAUAACCAAUACCUAUUUCUUGUAAGUAUUGCUAUUUGAAAUUGUAAACUGAGCAGUAAAGCUGAAUCUUGACUGCAAAUUUUACGUAAAAUUAUCUUUCAUUUCUUGGAUCCUUGUGACUCCUGAUCUUCAAUUCUAGAUGUCUACAGGCCUUAACUCUACUUCCCUACGCCAUAAACAUACUUUUAAAUGCAUGUC